AUGAGUCAUUCCCAGUCUCCAAAUAACAGAGGGUCCAUUUUUGGGUGGGCAAAGAGUUUGAAACGUUCAAACUUAUUAUCCAACGAGUCAGUCAAUGAGAUUAGUGAUAACGACUCUAUCUCAAGAUCACCUACUAAAGGUGGUUAUAUAUCACCUCACCAACAGCACAGUCCGUUGAAUAUACCCAAUGCUCAUGCUCAUAAUAGCCACAUGAAUUCUGACUCUCAAAACUCGUUCAGUAGUUAUCAGAACCAGAAUCAGAACCAACAUCAACUUCACCAAAACCACCAGAUUCAGAAUCAUGGGGGAAACUUUUUUGGAUCUUCACCAGCAGGUUCCAGUCACCAUUCAGAUUUUUUGCGUCCUUUGCUCAACCAUAAAUCAAGAUCAACUAAUAAUGUGUCACGAGUAAGAAGUAACUCGUUGAACCAGUCCGAAAGUAGCAUACGCCAGCAUCGAGACUCAUUUAUGCAGACAAAUGCGCUUGUUGAUGAAAAUUCAAAAUAUUUUGGUGUGCCCUUACAACAAGCUUUAAAUGAAGCAUCAGCAAAAAUAUCUAUACUCACUGGGGAUCAAUCUGAUGGCUUACAAUAUGGUCAAAUCCCCAUUGUGGUUGCCAAGUGCGGGGUGUUUUUAAAGAAGAAUGGUUUAACUGUGGAAGGUAUAUUCAGAGUAGGUGGAUCUUCAAAGAGAAUCAAGGACUUGCAAGUUAUCUUCAAUACGCCACCUUCGUUUGGUAAACAAUUGAAUUGGGAUGGAUACACGGUACAUGAUGCUGCAUCCAUUUUACGAAGAUACUUGAAUGCCCUUCCAGAACCACUCAUUCCAUUAAACAUGUAUGAUGAUUUUAGAGAACCAUUGAGAAAUCGAAAGAGAAUAAUUAGUUACAUGCAAUAUAAAGCUGAGAAUCCAUCAAAGAGUCUUAAACAAGCAAGUUUGGAGGAUGUAACCAAUUCGUCUCAAAUGUUGACUGAAGCUAAUGUUGAAAAAUUCAAUGAUAAUAAUACUGGCUUUGAAUUCAGAGAGCGUAAUGUUUCAACGAUCUCAUCACACCCAACGAGCUCUAUUCAGCCUACUACUGAACAAGAACAGCAGCAACAACAACCACAACAGCAACAGGAGCAACAGCAGCAGCGACAACCACAACCACCGCCAUCGCAACGACAACAACAACAACAGCAACAACAGCAACAACAGCAACAACAGCAACAACAGUUGCAAGAACAGUCCCAGCCACAGCCCCUGCAGCAUGUGCUGUCACGACAACCCACAGAUGAGGAAAUUGAGCUCAAGAAUAAGAAAAAAUCCAAAAACUACAAGAAGCUCACACGAGACGUCCACGCAGCUAUUGACGACUAUAAACACUUGGUCAACGAUUUGCCAAUUGCUUCAAAACAGCUAUUGUUUUAUGUCUUGGACUUGUUGGCAAUGGUACGAAACCACCUGAAAGAAAAUUUAAUGAGUUCGAGAAAUUUGGCUGCUAUUUUCCAACCACUGAUUCUUUCACAUCCAAACCACGAUCUAGACCCUGAUGAGUAUGCUUUAUCUCAGCUCGUUGUGGAGUUUUUGAUCCACUAUGCCUACAAGCUUUUACCAACACAUACGCCAAAAUCAACAACGAUAGGGACCAACGAGGAUGUAGUUGCCAUUGAGCCACCACAUGCGCCACAGAGUACAGUCACUUCUACAAGCACAACUCCGUUGGAGAGUGCAACAUCGUUAUCCAAGAAUGAUCUUCUGCUGAAGGAACCAGUGGUACUGGCGCAACCUGCUCCUCCUCCAUUCAAUCGCCGAUACUCUAAAAGUUUGAGUUCGGCCGGAAAUCAUGAAGAUUUGGUAGUUGGUUAUCAGCAUAAUGUUACUGGCUCAAUUCCGUUUGAAUCGGAUGUUGACUAUGAGAUAUCAGAUGAGAAUGACAUUGGUUCUGAUGUCGAAGAGUCAUAUUUUCAUCUGUCCAGGUUAGCCAAUGCUGCAAGUCCAACGAGAAGUAAUUUUGAUGAUGAGGUGAGCGGCGCUCAACCGAAAGUGUCCAAUAACGGUACUACUGAAGAGCCUGUCAUUAUAGUUACUACCCCAAGCUCGGGGCCCACCGCCAACACCGCCAAAGUGGACUAG